GGCGAAAGAGGCGGGACAAAUUGCCGCGGGUUCAGUGCCGCCACUGGAACCGGGAGAUGCGGCGCAGGAGCUGUCGCUGUGUUGGCUUUUACCUGAAUCUUGUCUCUUGUGGCGGUUCUUGCUGCGGCUUCGGUCAUGUUGUUACCCUCGGACAUAGCGCGGCUGGUACUGGGUUACUUACAACAGGAAAACCUCACUUCUACCUGCCAGACUUUUAUUUUGGAAAGUUCAAAUUUAAAAGAAUAUGCGGAACAUUGUACAGAUGAAGGUUUUAUCCCAGCCUGCUUACUGUCCUUGUUUGGAAAAAACUUGACAACAAUUCUGAAUGAAUAUGUAGCUAUGAAAGCAAAAGAAACAUCAAAUGAUGUCCCAGCAAUUAUGUCAUCUCUAUGGAAGAAGUUAGACCAUACACUUUCUCAGAUCAGGAGCAUGCAAAGUUCCCCCGGGUUUGUUGCUAAUCAGAGAGUCCGAACAAGAAGUGGAAUUGCGGAAAUCAAACGACAGAGAAGGCUUGCGGCUCAAGCAGCUCCCGCGAAUUCAGAGUUGCUGACUUUAGCGUAUCUUUCAGGACAGUGUACUACUGCUCCUCCCCCGCCGCCGCCGCCUCCAGCAGCUGUGCAGGUUAUCCGGCCAGCUGGCCAGAUUGCAACACCUUUGAGGUCCAAUUUCCUAGUGGUCAGCCAUUCACAGUCACAAGACACAGCUGCCACUGGAGAGGCUUUAAAUAUCAUUCCUGGUCCUCAGGAAAAGAAAACUCAGACCACGGUCAUGUCUCCGGCUAGACGCAAAAGUGAAUCUCAGAGGAAAAGUAACACUUUAUCUGGGCCUCAUUCAACGAUAAGGAAUGUCCAGGAUCCAAAUGCAUUUGCAGUAGAAAAACAAAUGGUUAUUGAAAAUGCACGAGAAAAAAUACUAAGUAACAAAUCUCUUCAAGAAAAGCUUGCAGAAAACAUUAAUAAAUUUUUGACUAGCGACAACAAUAUUACACAAAUGCCCAGGCAAACAGAGAGCAACCCUGCGGAACCAGAGACUUCAAUUGAUGAACUCCUGGGACUCCAGAGUGAAAUCCAUAUGUCUGAGGAAGCAAUACAGGAUAUCCUGGAACAAACAGAGUCCGAUCCAGCAUUUCAAGCGCUCUUCGACCUCUUUGACUAUGGUAAAUCAAAGAAUAAUAAAAAUAUAUCACAAGGCAUCUCCAGUCAGCAUCUGGAAACCAAUCCCAGUGUAGUCUUAGCAGAUGAAACUAAUCUAGCAGUUAAAAGUUCUUUUGAUACAGAACAAUCUGGUGAUCAGUCUGGACCGCCCCCAUUUUGCACAUCCUACCAAAGCGAAGACCCCUCUGCCGCUCUGAAGAGCCGCGGCCACGCGGAGCUCCGCCAGGAAGCACAGGAGCACUUCCCGCAGACGGGCUCCAGCGUCCAGAAGAAGGCAUUUAAGACAGUCGGACCUAAUGGACACAAGUGUAACCUUGAUAUUACCUUCGAGUCUGUGCCUCAUUUGAAUGACUUUAACCAAAGAGUAAAUGCAGACGCUGAAUGUAAUCAGCGCUGUGCCGAAUUCUACACCCAUCCGCUGCCCGCUGACGCCGCCGUGGCGAUGGAGGUCGGGAAGAAUGUCCUGCUGUCGGAAGCCCCCCGUGAGCCUCCCUCGCAGCCUGAUGCAUCCGCUCUGCCAGUGACGUCGUUCGUUUCCCUCGGCGCUGAGACUCACUCUGAAAACUUAAUGCUCUCUGGGAAGAGUUCUCAGCUUUUAUCCCAAAAUAUCCCAUUAACUGGAAAGACAUGUAAGACAAGUCAGUUUUGUGAAAACUCUAACAACACAGCAAGACUUAAAACUAAUCUCCCUAGUUCUAACUCACCAGACCCAAGAGAAAUGCACCAGAAUAAAACCGAGAUCCACGGCGGCUUGCCAGGUGCAUCACAACAUGCAGACUGCCAGGACAGUUCUUCACUUCAAAGUAAAAUACUACCUGUGUCCGUUGAAAGUUCUGGUUUAAAGGUAUCCGAGCAGUUAGACAUUCGUCUUGAAGAUUCAGUGUCUUCAGUUAAACAACCAGCUGAGGAGUCCUCGGCCCCUGAUUUAAAUCAUACAGAAAAACGUGAAACUCAGCCCUCCAAGUCUGAGAAAGUCGCUGUCCAGUCACAGGAGCGUUCAUCUUUAAGAGAAGAUGGAGAUAGUAUUUUUCUCACUUUAGGCGACAGUGGUAACUGUGGGGAGGUGGCACUCAUUGCUCCAGAAGGUAAUGCUGUGGAAGGGAAGCAGUCUCUGCCCUCAGAAGCUCUGUGUUCUUCAGUGGGAGAUUCUCACCCUGAGUCCCAGAAUACUAGUGACAAACCUGCUGUGGACAAUUCAGCAGACAUAGAUGCAUCAAAUAUCGUCUCUCUCAAAAUUAUCAUUAGUGACGACCCAUUUGUUUCCUCAGAUACGGAACUCAACAGUGCUGUUUCUAGUAUCAGCGGGGAGAACUUGCCAACGAUAAUCCUGUCCUCUCCUGCCAAGUCUCCUGCCAAAAACGCAGAACUAGUUAAAUGCUCGUCUCCGGAAGAAACUGCAGGCGCUGUCCCGUCUGCUGAAAGACUCACGGAUUCCGCGCCAGUGGAACAGAGCCUUUUGGCCCUCAAGCCUGAGGACUCUGCCGGAAACGGCGCUCAGAAUGAAGGCAGCAUUGCCUUUUCGUCCAACAUCACACCGUGUGUGUCCAAGGACGGUGGGUACAUACAGUUGAUGCCGGCUACGAGCACGACGUUUGGCAAUUCAAGUAACAUUCUCAUAGCGACCUGCGUGACUGAUCCAACAGCCUUAGGAACAACUGUAAGUCAGUCUAAUGUGGUGGUGUUGCCCGGAAAUUCCGCCCCUGUGACUGCUCCGCCUCCCCUGCCCCAGUUACAGACGCCCCCAAGGUCCAACAGUGUGUUCGCUGUCAACCAGACUGUGUCACCCAGCUUUUCGCAAGGAUCUGCCAUCAUAAUUGCUUCUCCUGUCCAACCUGUUCUCCAAGGAAUGGUGGGAAUGAUCCCUGUAUCGGUGGUUGGACAGAAUGGAAAUACCUUUUCUGCUCCUCCUCAGCAGCUCCUUCAUAUGCCUUUGACGGCACCAGUAUGCAGUAGAAGUACCCCUCAAAUCCCCAUCCCUCCAAAAUCACAGAGGACUCCGGCACUGAGGAACAAGCCUUGUACAGGAAAGCAGGUAAAUAAUUUGGUGGAUUCAUCUAGUCAUUUAGUUGGAUGUCCUGCACAAAGAACUGAAGUGUCUGACAAGAAUAUGGCCACAGAUCUUGGGAAAAAAUUGGAAGAAAUCACAGUUCCCUUCUCAUUAGAGAGCAUAGUUCCAACUAGCAAACCGUUUGAGAGCCACAGACGUGUGCUGUGUUUUGACAGCAUCACUUCUCCUGUGGCAAAUACACAGGGCACGAACCGUAAGGUGGCGUCCCAAAACAAAGAAAGGAAUGACAUUUCAUGUCCUAAUCUUGAGUCACCCCUUGUGUCCUCCACCUUAAAACCCCCUUCUAAUAAUGCUCUCAAAAGAGAGAGAGAGAGGCCUCCUUUGCCUAAGAUUUUAUCCAAAUCAGAAACUGCCAAUAGCCGACAUACCGCCAUAAAAGAAACCCAGUUAGAAAAGAAAGCUUCACCAACAGAAAUUGUACUUGAAUCUUUCCAUAAAGCGACAGCUAAUAAGGAGAAUGAAUUAUGCAGUGAUGUCGAAAGGCAGAAAAAUCCAGAAACUUCAAAACUGUCAAAUGGACAGCAAAAUGGGGGUUUACGGAAUGAGAAAACCAUAGCUUCACUGCAAGAACUAACCAAAAAACAAGGCACAUCCUCAAAUAGUAAAAAUGCCAUUUCAGUAGGGGCACCUGUGAAGGAUCCAAAACAAGAACAGACUAAAUGUGCCAGUUCUGUGAUGAACGCCCUGAGCAAACCUACCACAGACGUGGUGCCAGAUGGCCAGUGGCCCAGCCCCGUAGCGAGGCUCCCCGAGAGCUCUGAUGGGCCUGGGCCCCGGACGCCUGGCGCGGGGGCGGGGGACAGACCUAAAGAAGAACCGAGAGAGGGUAUCAAGGUCCCCUCUAGUAGCACAGCCAAGGUGAUGGUCCCCCCUGUCACCCCAGACCUGCCUGCCUGCAGCCCCGCCAGUGAGACCGGGAGCGAGAACAGCGUCAGCAUGGCCGCGCACACGCUCAUGAUUCUCUCCAGAGCAGCCGUCUCCAGGACCGCCGCCGCAACUCCUCUCAAAGACAACACCCAGCAGUUCCGAGCCUCCUCCAGGAGCACCACAAAAAAGCGGAAAAUGGAGGAAUUAGAUGAACGUGAACGAACCUCUCGGGCUUCCAGUAAAAGUCUUACAAAUUCAUCACUCCCAAUGAAAAAGAAGAAAAUUAAGAAAAAGAAGCUACCCAGUUCAUUUCCAGCUGGAAUGGAUGUGGACAAAUUUUUGUUAUCAUUGCAUUAUGAUGAGUAAACAUUCUGAACAUAAAAGAACAGUAGCUGUUUAAAACUCGUAUCCCUUAAACUAUGAGUGUAGGGAAUGAGAUACUGACAGAACCUAAAAGCAUGACCUGCACUUUCCUUGUACUGAAAUUUCACUUUAUAUCUGAAUCAUGCUGUUUCUGAAGCAGCUUCCUAGUUUGUAAAUAGAUUUACCUGGUAUAUUUUUUAUUUUGGAAAAAAACAUUUGCAGAAAUGUAAGUAAAGCCAAUCUGCAAAACUGUAUAGCUCUGACAAUUACGUAUUGUACAUAUUGUAUAAAUCUUGUUGAAAUAGAGGUUAAAUCAA